UGUAGCGAAUGUCCCGACUGCGCCCCGCACUCGGCGCCCGGGACGGCCAAGGGGGAAGAUGGAGAGCGGCCCGCGCCGCCGCGGCCGCCGCCGCCGCUGAGCCGCGCCGUGCCGACCCCCGGAGGGCGAGCGGCGGCGCCGGGCGCCCCGGGGAGACACUGUCAGUCUGCAAAAUGAUUCCACAGAUUUUAAUUUUCAGUAGGAAAUGUGAAGAUUGUGAUCUGAAGUAAAACAUUGGCAGAAAUCUCUUGAGAAUUUUGCCUUUUAUUCUUCCCUUUGAAGGAUUAUGUUUACAAGAAAUUGAUACCAUCAAGUGACACUUUUUUGAAAUAAUUUAAAAGAAACAAAGAAUAAAGCUGUAUUUAUGCUCAGAGAAAACUGGAUCAACAAUGAGGCCAAAGACUUUUCCUGCUACGACAUAUUCUGGAAACAGCAGACAAAGGUUGCAAGAGAUUCGAGAAGGUUUAAAGCAGCCAUCCAAAUCUUCAGGUCAGGGACUGCCGAUUGGAGCAAGCAGUGAAACUUCUCUGGACCCUAAGAUUUUAAUAGGGAAGGAUGCUGCUAGGCAGCAGCAGAUGAGACAAACACCCAAGUUUGGACCAUAUCAGAAAGCUCUACGAGAAAUCAGAUAUUCUCUGCUGCCCUUUGCUAAUGAGUCAAGCACCACAGCAGCCGUAGAAGUCAACAGGCAGAUGCUCCAGGAACUGGUGAACGCAGGUUGUGAUCAGGAGAUGGCUGUCCGAGCACUGAAGCAGACAGGGAGCAGAAGUAUUGAGGCAGCCCUGGAGUACAUCAGUAAGAUGAGCUACUUGGAUCCUAGAAAUGAACAGAUAGUACGUGUAAUUAAGCAAACUUCACCAGGAAAGGGUAUUGUGCCAAAUAAUGUAACCCGCAGGCCAAGCUUUGAAGGAUCAAAUGAAUCUUUUCCGUCCUACCAUCAGAUCGGUAAUGCAGCCUAUGAAGGGACAGGCUUUGGAGCAGAAGGUGCAAAUAUGCUUACUGAGGUUCCAAGGCCAUACAUGGACUAUUUAAUCUCUACUUCUCAGUCUUCAGCUAUGACUGCUCCUGUACAGCGACCCUCUGGAGUAGGCACUCACAGCACACCAGCGAGCCAUCAGCAGAAAGCAUACCCUGCAAGUAUGGAGUCUUCUGUGAUUAAUUAUCCAGUGGCUAAUCACAGCAGUCAGGCCUUGCAGCUGCAGGCGUCCCAUGGCUGCAACAGCCAACACUACAGCAGGCAGCACAUGAUGGUGCAGGGGGAACCUAUGGGAUAUGGUGUUCAGCGGAGUCCAUCCUUCCAAAACAAGAUGCAGCAGGAGGGGGGAUAUGCCAGUCUCCCAAAUAAAGGGGGAGUUGUGCAGAACAAUACUGGUCAUGCAUUUCAGCAGGCACCAGCAAGCCUGUAUAUCUCACAUUCUCAUCACAAACAGACAAGUCCUUCUUCUCAUCAAAUGCAUGUAAUAUCCAGAGGUCCAGCCUUUGCUAAUGAUUUUUCAGACAGUCCACCACAAAAUUUAUUAACUCCGUCUAGAAAUAGCCUAAACAUGGACAUCUAUGACAUGAAUAAUCCUCAAGUUCAGCAGUGGCAGGCAGCAACACCAUCACGCAGAGAUUCUUUACAAAACCCAGGAAUAGAAACAUCUCCACGGCAACAUGUAUCCUUCAGACCUGAUGCCGCUGUGCCGAGCAGAACAAACUCCUUCAACAACCACCAGCAACAGCCGCAAGUGACGGUGUCUAUGAGACAGGCUCCUCCAGGAAAACCCGAUCCUUCCAUUACGUCUCCAAACACAAUCACGGCAGUCACAUCUGCUCACAUCCUCCAGCCAGUGAAGAGCAUGCGAGUGAUGAGACCUGAGCCUCAGACUGCUGUGGGACCUUCCCAUCCUGGGUGGUUGCCUGCACAGGCACCGGCUGUGGAUGGCUUGGAGAUCAUGGAGCAGCACGUGCCACCGCCUGGAGCAGCUAAUGCCUACCAGCUAGACGUGGAUUAUGGUAACCAGGAACUGCGGUGUCCACCCCCACCCUAUCCCAAGCAUUUGUUACUUCCUGGCACCUCUGAGCAGUUCGAUAUCAACUGCUUGUGCAUGGGCGUGGAGCAGACUUUGCGUGUGGUUCCCAGUUCAACAAGCAACAAGGCUGAAGAGAGCAGUGAGCGAAAUGAUAAAGGCAGCAAGAACGCUAAAGCUGAAAAACCAAGCAAAGAUAAAAAGCAAAUUCAGACGUCUCCGGUGCCUGUGCGAAAAAAUGGCAAAGAUGAGGAAAAGCGAGAAUCCCGAAUAAAGAGCUACUCACCUUUUGCCUUCAAGUUCUACAUGGAGCAACAUGUAGAGAACGUCAUAAAGACCUACCAGCAGAAAAUUAACAGACGGUUACAAUUGGAGCAAGAAAUGGCAAAAGCAGGCCUCUGCGAAGCAGAACAGGAACAAAUGAGGAAAAUUCUCUACCAGAAGGAGUCCAACUACAACAGACUUAAAAGGGCCAAAAUGGACAAAUCUAUGUUUGUGAAAAUCAAGACUCUGGGUAUUGGUGCAUUUGGAGAAGUAUGCCUGGCCUGCAAAGUGGACACCCAUGCCCUAUAUGCCAUGAAGACUCUGCGAAAGAAAGAUGUGCUGAACCGGAAUCAGGUGGCUCACGUCAAAGCAGAGAGGGACAUACUUGCUGAGGCAGACAAUGAGUGGGUGGUUAAACUCUAUUAUUCCUUCCAAGAUAAAGACAAUUUGUACUUUGUGAUGGACUACAUCCCUGGUGGGGAUAUGAUGAGCCUGCUGAUUCGGAUGGAGGUCUUCCCAGAGCGUCUGGCUAGAUUUUAUAUUGCAGAGCUCACUUUGGCCAUAGAGAGUGUGCACAAAAUGGGAUUUAUUCAUCGAGACAUCAAGCCUGACAACAUUCUGAUAGACCUCGAUGGGCAUAUCAAACUGACUGACUUUGGACUGUGUACUGGAUUCAGGUGGACUCACAAUUCAAAAUACUAUCAGAAAGGGAGCCAUACCAGACAAGACAGCAUGGAGCCAAGUGAUCUUUGGGAUGAUGUGUCCAACUGUCGAUGUGGAGAUAGGCUGAAGACAUUGGAACAAAGAGCUAAGAAGCAGCACCAGAGAUGUCUGGCCCACUCUUUAGUUGGAACCCCUAAUUACAUUGCUCCUGAAGUCCUGCUUCGUAAAGGAUACACUCAGCUCUGUGACUGGUGGAGUGUUGGUGUGAUCCUCUUUGAGAUGUUAGUGGGACAGCCUCCUUUCCUGGCUCCUACACCCACAGAAACCCAGCUGAAGGUGAUAAAUUGGGAAAGCACACUGCACAUUCCCUCACAGGUCAAGCUGAGCCCUGAGGCAACUGAUCUGAUCACAAAGCUCUGCUGUGCUGCUGAGGACAGGCUUGGAAGAAAUGGAGCAGAUGAUAUUAAAGCCCAUUCUUUCUUUCACUCUAUGGACUUCUCUACUGAUAUCCGUAGACAGCCAGCUCCCUAUGUUCCAAAGAUCAGCCAUCCAAUGGACACUUCAAAUUUUGAUCCAGUUGAAGAAGAAAGUCCUUGGAAUGAUGCUAGUGGUGACAGCACCAGGACCUGGGAUCCACUAGCCUCUUCCAACAGCAAGCACACAGAACAUGCUUUUUAUGAGUUUACUUUCCGAAGAUUCUUUGAUGACAACGGGUAUCCGUUCAGGUAUCCCAAACCUUCUGGAAUGGAAGUUUGCCAGUCUGAGAAGUCUGAUGUAGAAGACAAAGGUGUGGUGGAUCAGACUGGAGCUUGUCAGCCUGUAUAUGUGUAAAUUAUUGUAUAGAGUACUCCAGAUAAGACUAAUCUCAAAUCCAAUAGGGCCUUUAACUGAUCCUUUAGGAUCUGAUCCUGCAACUCUUGUGAAGGUGUAUCUUCAGCUGAGGCUGGAGACAUCCUGGGGAGUAAAAAAAACUUGCAGAACCAGGUCCUAAACAUGGCACUCUUGAAAGUUCAGGUCAGUUCUACUGUAAAUAACUUUGUUCAUAAUUACACUUGAAAUCCUGGUCUUCACCAAAAUCUGCAAGGCCAGCAGUCUGUCAUUUCUAGGCCUAUUUUUAUUUGAGGUCAGUGUCCCCC